AUGGUGCCACAGCCACCGCCACCGCGGCAAUUGCCUGCAGUGGACCGCGAGCAGGAACGGGCUCUGAAGAGGAGGUCCGUGUCAUCAUUGGCUUCGUCCAUUGAUUCGGGACUUCUCAGAGCUGUUCCAAUGGGGUUGGUCUUAAGAUGCUGUGGGAGACAAUGGGGGAGUCGGGUUGUGGAUGAGUACCACCUCAGCCGGCCUGUGAACGAGAUCGAUGCUUUCUUGAGUCAUGACUGGGGAACACGGCGUUGGCUGAAAACGGCCACUAUGAUGGUCCAUUUCAACAGUGUGCCGGCUGCCGUGGCAAGUUUGCUGACGUGCAUUGUGGCAUGCCUUCUCAUCGUCCUCAGAGUGUCGGACGGAUGGCUCCCUGGCACACUCGCCAUCCACGGUACUUACUGGUUUGUCUUUGUGUGCUGGCAGGAUCUUCGCGGCUUGUGCAAGAAGAACAUGGUCUUUCUUGAUCGAAUCUGCAUUGCCCGGCAUGAUGCAGAUCUCAAAACACAAGGGAUCCUAUCCUUGGGUGGGUUCCUUUCGAAGUCGCGCAAGCUGGUGGUUUUGUGGAGCCCGCGAUAUUUCACCCGUUUGUGGACAGCCUUUGAGUUGUCGGCAUUCUUGAGGGAAGGUGAAGAGAAGGAGAAAGACAUCGAUUUUGCUCCAGCCAGCAUGGGUCCGCUACUUCUGUACUUUUCAAUUUUUGAAACGCUGCUAGUUGCCAGCUUCCACAUUCUUGUGCUUCGGUUUGUGGAGUCUGUGCUGCAAGAGCAAAAGGUUUAUUUGAAGAACGAGAGCAGCCUGUGGAAUUUCACAGUUGCUAUGCUCGUCAUUUGUGCUCCAGCAUUUCUGGUGGUUGCGCCUAUGGUCCUGUACCUUGGCACAAUGCAGAUGAAAGCUUUGCUGCAGCUGAGAAAGCAGGUGGAUGAGUUCAAAAUUCGGGAUGCUCAGUGCAGCUGUUGUCAGAUGGACCAUUGUCAGCCUGACACCGGUGAAGAGCUGCUAUGUGACCGGAUGCUUGUUUUCGAAACACUGAAGCGAUGGUAUCCACUGGAGACUUCAUCGGAGGCUUGUCUGGACAGAUUUGACGAGACUGUUCACAAAGAGCUGGGCGGCUAUGUGCGGAACCGGUUAGGUGCCGGCGCUCCACCAUUGCGGCACAUAGUGGCAAUUUCCGUGCACCCUUUGCUUGGCUUCUUAUGCAUGUACGUCUACCUGGCCGUGAACGCGCACCUUUUUCCCUGGUCAGCCCUUGCCUGGAUCAUCGGAUGGUUCCAGGCACCACCCAUGGUGUACCUUGCACUCUGGGAGUUCUUGCAGAUGUGGAGGCUCGGUGUGCGAUUUGGCGAUCGGUGCUCGCUGUGGCUCAUUUUCCUGCUUGGAGAGGCUGCGGGCAUUGGCUUCAAUGUCGCGAUCUGGAUGCAGUACACUGUGCUGAAAUAUACUUUUGGGCAUGAUGUAAAUGGGCCCGUCCUCGGCUCCCUCGCUUUCAUGUGGAUCACCUUCAUACUGCCAUAUGUCUACGAAUAUUCUCCGAAGCUUUUCGGCCUUAAGUGA